CUCAAUCGUCGCACGUAAAUGUUGUCACAACGCAUGACGCCAUAAACAAGCGCCUCAUUGAAAUAUCAUCCAUUGCACCUGGGUUUGAUCGCAGUUUUAAAAAUGUCUCGACGAUAUGAUUCCCGAACAACUAUAUUCUCACCUGAAGGACGUCUGUACCAGGUUGAGUAUGCCAUGGAAGCCAUCGGUCAUGCUGGUACCUGCCUGGGAAUUUUAGCCAAUGACGGAGUGCUGCUGGCUGCUGAGAGGAGGAACAUCCACAAGCUGCUGGAUGAAGUGUUUUUCUCAGAGAAAAUCUACAAGCUGAAUGAGGACAUGGCCUGCAGUGUGGCAGGAAUCACAUCAGAUGCAAACGUACUGACCAAUGAGCUGAGGCUUAUAGCUCAGAGGUACCUGCUACAGUACCAGGAACCAAUCCCCUGCGAGCAGCUGGUCACAGCACUGUGUGACGUCAAACAAGCUUACACACAAUUUGGAGGAAAGCGUCCGUUUGGAGUGUCGCUGCUUUACAUGGGCUGGGAUAAACACUACGGCUUCCAGCUGUACCAGAGCGACCCCAGUGGGAACUACGGAGGCUGGAAGGCCACAUGCAUUGGAAACAACAGCGCUGCAGCCGUCUCGAUGCUGAAGCAGGACUACAAGGAGGGAGAGAUGACGCUGUCCUCGGCCCUCGCCCUCGCCGUCAAAGUUCUCAAUAAAACAAUGGACGUCAGCAAACUGUCUGCAGAGAAAGUGGAGAUCGCCAUCCUGACCCGCGAGAACAGCAAGACCUGCAUCAAGGUGCUGAAGCUGAAGGAAGUGGAGGAGCUGAUCAAGAAGCACGAGGCCGAAGAGGCCAAAGCUGAGAAAGACAAGAAAGAGAAGGAGCAGAAGGAGAAGGACAAGUAGUGAAGCCAGAUGACACAUUGUGAGAAGAAUGAAUGUGAUGUUUGUUGGUGUGAAUGUUUGAGUUGCUUCUUUCAAAUAAAACCAAAUAAGGAAAAA